AAUGGGACAUGAAAGAUCCGGAGCACACGAUGACCGCUGCAACGAUGGUGUCGGAAGAGAAAGUCCCUUGGAAAGAUGUACUAGCUUCGAUCGAGUUCAAGAGGAUGGCCAAGACUAAGACAGGGCUUCGUCCGCUGCCCCCUUCAUAUGCAGUGACAGACUAUGUCGCUACUUAUCCAGAACAUUGGGCAGUGGUCUCGGGGACAGCUGCAACUGACGGCCCCCGACUGCAGCGUCAGGCCCAUCGCAGACCCGACUGUCCAGAGAAUCAUUUGCAAUCCUCCAGCAAGCGAGUUAAGGUCAAGGUCAAGGACCCUAAGUUAGAUGUGACUGUCCAGACAGGACUCUACGCCGCCGAAAUGUUCGCAGCCAAUGUUGCAGUCAAGCAUGUUCUCGAGAUUAUUGUCGUCGGAUUGGGGUCGAAACGAGCACUUCAAAAAGCUGAGAAGGAAGGUUACCUUAAACUCAACAUUUACGGCAUGGAUCUUAAGCUGCACACCAGCUCCGAGGAGGGAGUAACUCACUACGGACUGAAAGGACGAGUCACCAACGUGUUCCCUAUCACUAGUGAAUUUCUCGCCAGGAAGUACGCGAACGACCCAGACGUCAAGAAAGAUGGGCUGGUGGCCAAAAUCUUCUGGGCAGAGCAGGACAGAACUAGCGAGCCGGAGAUCUUAAAAAAAAAAGUCCUGAAGGCACUGGGAGUUCCAGAAGCGGAGAAGGACAGUCACAUGCUCUACAUCUUCGUAUCACGCAAACUCCUACCCAUCACGGCGCUCGAAGGCGAAGAGCUUUUCAACGUGUGGCGUCAAUGCAUCUUAUGUCACAUCGAUCUCUGGAAGGGAGGAGUCCGUCACCGAGACGUCAGCCCUCCCAACAUGAUGUUUCACAAGACCGAUAAGGGCGUCCUGAUAGGUGUCUUAAACGACUUUAAUCUGUCAUCGUUGGCAACUAGGCUGGAUCCUCAUGGCAACGAGCGUACGGGCACCGUGCCGUUCAUCGCGCCCGACCUUCUUUCCCUGAGGGUCGACGAGGCGAAGUCGAACACUUACAUCGAAGGGAGUUCUCCUACCACCGGAGACUCGCCCUUUGGAUGCAUGGGCGACUACAGGCCCCGCGGGAUGUGGCGAGAAGAAGUUAUGGUUUCUGAAUCAUCUUUUGGAUUUCAAACCGUCGGGAAUGGGCCCACGUAUAUGGAGUCUCCUUGUGGAUUGUUUGGCGGUGCUGAAAGCAGAUGCCGACCGUUGGUACUUUCUCAGUAUUGCACAGGAAUCAAAGCCGGAGCGACAGACGACGAGGAAUCAGCCUCAGAUGUCGAUGACGAGCAGACGAACGCCGAAGUAUCAGAAUCGGAUAUCGAUGAUUUUCUGCACAAAUUUACAAGUCUCAAAAGCUGGAUUCGCCUCGGCAAGCGUUUACCGUGAUUUUCUUUACUUGUUUAGACUGCACCACAUGCAACCUGCCUUGUUUCGAUACUCAUAACUUUGCGUCAGUCUAUACCAUACAAGCGGGAAUCUGCAACCGGUAUAGAAGGACCGUAAUGUAGAGAGGUAGAUCAUUGUAGAUUAUGUAGUCCAAUGGUUCUUAAUUUCGCAACACGGUUCAUCCCG